AUGGUGUACGAUUGGGCUGGUAAGCGGGAAAUCUGCUUCCAGAUGUACAUUCAGGAAAAGAAGGCGUUGGAGGAGAUUAUGGACAAACGAGCGUUUCAGACUCAAUUCAAGCGAUGGGGAUUUCCAUCUAAACAAAACCCGGCGCACAAGAAUGUCGAGCUCGUCGCACGAGUCAAACAGCUUUGGGAAAGCAACACAAGCCAGCGGGAUAUGCUCCGCAUUUUGAACGAUGAAGGCUUCGCGAUAAAGGAGAGAGAGUUGAUGCGAGUGCGCGCGAAGAAUCGGUGGCUGCUCCGAGUGCCCAACGGAAUGAAGUCUCACGCAAAUGUCGAGGCGCCACCGGUCCACCCAGAAGAUGAAGGAUUACUUGCCUUGCAGCAGGAGGUUUACAAGGUCGAAAGCGCUCUGGACGACCCAAAUUCUUUGACAGCUGAGCCAGAUGUGGAGCGUCCAACAACCGAGUCACCUGGACUGUCCCCAGAAGCCAUCGCCAAACGCCAGGAGCGGCUGGACCGCCUGAAGGCAGAAAGUGCAGAGCGAUGGGCUUCCCGAAAACGUCGUCGUCGUACUCGAGGAUGGGCAGGAUUGCCAGCCGACCCUCCGGGUCCUCCUCGGUUCCCCUCGGAGACGACCAUUGAUGAAAGCAAACAAUAUUUAAACUUGGACAACACCAUGUACCGACAGACCAGAGAUCAUUUUCAGCGAAUUUGCGAGGAAGCAGGCUUCAUUAAAAAAACGGCAGCUGGCCCAGAAAGAUGGCAGGCGGCAAAAGAAAAAUUAAUACAGGAAUCUCCUCAUCUUCAGCAAGUGUUCAAUACAGAUCCUAGCCAACGCGAUGCAAAGGUUCUUGCGCUCGAUGUUGUUUGUACCGAUGUCACCAAGCGGAUGCGGACUCUGGAGAGGCGAAUGACUAUUGCCGAGGCGAAGAAUGCCUUGGGCAUUAAUCCGGAGGAAAGUCGACAGAUUCGAAACGCUUUUUAUGAGACGUUGAAGGUAGAUCAUUUCACGAGCAAGUUCGAGGCCGGUGAUGAACAUUGGAGAGAAUUGAAAGAGCAAUGGGUCGGGAACUCUGAGCUACUCCGACGAAUCCUCGCCCCUGGACAAGCUGAUCCAGACCACGGCAAUAAACUGAAAGCCCUGGAAGUACUUUGUCGCGAUGUCAUGAAAAGACUUCGUGAUGACCAGACAAAGCGAGAUCCGGCGCGUAAGAGAUCUUCAGCACGCGCCCAGUCUCGAACCUCGACACCUACCAACACAUCGAUGGGCAAUAUGUUGGGGUUGGGCAAUGAGAUUAGCAAUGGGAUUAGUACCCUGGCGUCUCAGGCACUAGCAAGUGCCCCCAUCACGGCUACUGAUAUCGGUGAUAUGCAAAUCGACCCUUCUCUGCUCCAGGCUGCUAACGACCCAUCCUUCUCUACCAAUUCACAGCACGACACGGGCAAUGCCUUUGAAUAUGUGGAUCCCAUGCUCAGCUCAGCUUUGCUACCAACCCCCGUGUAUUUCCAAAUUGGUUCCGAGAGCCAGUCUCAGGAGACGGCUAGGAAAUCCUGGCCUGAAAAACUAGCCACGCGCACAGUGGAUGAGCUCAGGCAAUUAUUUGCCGCUAGGCAUCCUUAUUCCAUCAUCACCCGAAUUGAGGGUGUUGAUAGAGAUCAGGAUGGGAAUGAGAUGCUAUUUUCGAUUGACGAAGACCACGAAUUGGAUGCUUAUUUGACCCAUGUCCACGGACGAAAGGCGCUUCUUGUGUUUACGCUGAGCCAGAUCUGA